CCUUUUGGAGCUUGUUCCCGGAGACCGUUCUCCUCUAUUCAUUAAAUCAUGCACUAUCCAGCUGUGAAACAUUGUGACAUUUAUUUUUGCUAACAGGAAACAUUUUCAGAUAUUGUCCUGUCUUUCUGCUACGAGAGUGCACAGCAGUGCUAUCGGAAGGUCACAGAACAGUGCACUACCUGUGCUGCCCUAGGGCUGUUGAUGUCCUCAGCUGUUGUAGGAGAAACGCUAGACCUGGAACCCAGUUUGUUACUGGACUUGUGGAAGAGGAAACACAAAGAUUUCCAAAUGAAUAACCGAAAGGAAGAUAUGGAGAUUGCUUCCCACUACCGUCAUCUGCUGCGUGAGCUUAACGAGCAGAGACAACACGGCAUCCUCUGUGACGUUUGCAUUAUAGUGGAGGGGAAGAUAUUUAAGGCUCACAAAAACGUUCUGCUUGGGAGUAGUCGCUACUUCAAAACGCUGUACUGCCAGGUGCAGAAAACCUCCGACCAGGCCACAGUCACCCACUUGGACAUUGUAACCGCGCAAGGUUUUAAAGCAAUCAUAGACUUCAUGUACUCUGCACACCUCGCCCUGACCAGCAGGAACGUCAUUGAGGUGAUGUCGGCUGCUAGCUACCUGCAGAUGACAGAUAUUGUACAAGCCUGUCACAAUUUCAUCAAAGCAGCUCUCGACAUAAGCAUAAAGUCGGAUGCCUCAGAUGACCUUGUCGAUUAUGAGCUCGGAGCCCCUUCCAGCAGCAGUACGGAUGCUUUGAUUUCAGCAGUGGUGGCUGGCAGGAGUAUAUCUCCCUGGCUAGCUCGGCGAACAAGUCCAGCAAACUCUUCUGGAGAUUCCGCUAUUGCCAGCUGCCACGAGGGAGGGAGUAGUUACGGAAAAGAGGAUCAAGAACCAAAAACAGACAGCCACGAAGACGUUUCAUCCCAGUCUCUUUGGUCUAGUGACAUGGGCUAUGGGUCUUUACGUAUCAAAGAGGAGCAGGUUUCCCCGUCACAUUAUGGAGGGGGCGAACUACCUUCUGCCAAGGAUAGUGCAAUACAGAACGCGUUCUCUGACCAAGGAGUAGGGGAUGGCUGGCAACCCACUGGGCGCAGGAAGAACAGAAAAAAUAAAGAAACUGUGCGGCAUAUUACGCAGCAGGUGGAGGAUGACAGCAGGGCAAGUUCUCCCAUGCCAUCUUUUUUACCUGCCUCAGGAUGGCCGUACAGCAGUCGAGACCCAAGUGCUGACGUGACGGUAACAGAGCCCAGCAGCUCUGACAGCAGAGUGGAGCGAUCGGACCCCUACGCCAGCGUGGACGAAGCCCUCCUGGGUGGGGAAGGCAGCUACAUCUCACAGCCCCUCACUCCGGAGAAGGAGGAUGCGCUCCAGGCCGCCACCGUCGCCAACCUGCGCGCGGCUCUCAUGAGUAAGAACAGUUUGCUGUCGCUGAAAGCCGACAUGCUGGGAGAGGAUAGUUCUCUGCUGUUUGAGUACUUACCCAAAGGCACGCAUUCUCUCUCUCGGCCUGGCACCAACUUGAAUCGUUCAAGGGGCGAAUGUGAUGGCAAAGUGGAAGCACCAUCUCCCCCGCUGCCUUCAUCACACCUUGCCACUCAGAGCCCCCCCGAGAUCUGCUCUUCUGGUGAAAUGUCACCAGAAACCAUGAUAAAAGGAGAGGUGCCUUCCUCAAGCCAGGCCGCUUACGAUGGAUUUUUAGCACUUUGGCAGUUCGAUAACUCCGAUUCGAAUACGAGUUUUUCGAGAUCGGAAGACAUGGAUGUAACCGCUGAUGGCCUGUUCCUGGAUUCAGCCCUGGGCAAGAGGCUGACCUGUGGUUUCUGCAGGAGGGUUUUCCAGUGUGCUGAAGAGCUGAAGGAGCACAUCCACGAGCAUGCUUUCUCCAUGCUUCUCCCCUUCGACUUCGACUGCUCCCGGCCUGGCCUUGCUGACAGCGUGUCCCCUGGCCAGCUCGCCCGCUUCCAGUGCUCCAAAUGCCCCGCCAGCUUCACUCUGAAAUCAAACAUGGAUCGACACGAAAAGACCAUCCACUUCAACUUCAACGAGUUCACAGUCAUCAGGAAGAAGUUCAAGUGCCCGUACUGCAGUUUUUCAGCCAUGCACCAGUGCAUCCUGAAGAGACACAUGCGGUCCCACACGGGGGAAAGGCCCUAUCCCUGUGAGAUCUGCGGGAAGAAGUUCACCCGCCGGGAGCACAUGAAGCGGCACACCUUGGUCCACAGCAAAGAUAAAAAAUACGUCUGCAAAGUGUGCAACCGAGUGUUCAUGUCCGCGGCCAGCGUGGGGAUUAAACACGGCUCGCGCCGCCACGGAGUCUGUGCCGAUUGCUCUGGCCGAGGCAUCGCGGGUCACCUGGACCACAACGGCGGGGAAGGGUCCCCAGACGAGUGCUACCCCGGGGAGGGGCAGUACAUGGAAGACCCGGAUGACAUCAAAGUGGAAGGAGACGAGGAGAUGGGAGACGACGACGACAUCAAGUGGAAGGAUGACGUAGGAAUGUCACAAGAUGACGUGAUUUUAGAUGAUGACAAAGAUGUCGACUCUCCGCAGGAGCAGGACAACUCUGGGGAGAACGACAAGGAUUUUACCUGGAUUUCUUAGGGAUAUAUAUAUUUUUUUUUUUUGGUUGGUUGGGUUUCGUUUCGCUCUGUUGUU